AUGAGGCAGGCAGAGGUGUGGGUCACCCUUAGGGCCCCCCUCUUGCUGCUGGGGCUCUGGGCGCUCCUGGCUCCAGUCCAGUGUUCUCAAGGCCGUCCCUUGUGGCACUACGCCUCCUCCGAGGUGGUGAUUCCCAGGAAGGAUACGCACCACUGCAAAGGCCUUCAGUUUCCCGGCUGGCUGUCCUACAGCCUGCGUUUUGGGGGUCAAAGACACGUCAUUCACAUGCGGAGGAAACACCUUCUUUGGCCCAGACAUCUGCUAGUGACAACUCAGGAUGACCAAGGAGCCUUGCAGAUGGAUGGCCCCUACAUUCCACCAGACUGCUACUACCUCGGCUACCUGGAGGAGGUGCCUCUGUCCAUGGUCACCAUCGACACGUGUUAUGGGGGCCUCAGAGGCAUCAUGAAGCUGGACGACCUUGCCUACGAAAUCAAACCCCUCCAGGAUUCCUGCAGGUUUGAACAUGUUUCUCAGAUAGUGGCCGAGCCCAACGCAACGGGGCCCACAUUUAGAGAUGGUGACAAUGAGGAGACAGACCCCCUGUUCUCUGAAGCAAAUAACAGCAUGAAUCCCAGGAUAUCUAAUUCACUGUAUAGUUCUCAUAGAGGUAAUAUAAAAGGCCACGUUCAAUGUUCCAAUUCAUAUUAUCGUAUAUAUGGCAAUAUUACAACCUGUUCCAAAGAGGUGGUCCAGAUGUUCAGUCUCAUUGACAGCAUUGUUCAAAAUAUUGAUCUGCGGUACUAUAUUUAUCUUUUGACCAUAUAUAAUAAUCGUGACCCAGCCCCUGUGAAUCAAUAUCGAAUUCAGAGUGCAAUGUUUACCUAUUUUAAAACAACCUUUUUUGAUACUUUUCAUGUUCAUUCAUCCACACUACUUAUUAAAGACGCACCACAUGAAUCUAACUAUGAACCUGAAAGGUAUAGCUUCUGUACACAUUUAGGCCUAUUACACAUUGGUACUCUAGGCAGACAUUAUUUAUUGGUAGCCAUCAUAAUAACCCAGACACAGAUGAGAAGUAUUGGUCUGGAGUAUGAUGAUAGCUACUGCACAUGUUAGAGAAGGGCCUCCUGCAUUAUGCAGAGAUUUCCUGGGAUGACAGAUGCAUUCAGUAACUGUUCUUAUGGACAUGCACAAAAUUGUUUUAUAUGUCCAGGCCGGUGUGUUUUUGAAACACUUGCUCCUGUGUAUAACGAAACCAUGACAACGGUUCACUGUGGAAACCUUAUAGUGGAGGGGAGGGAGGAAUGUGUCUGUGGCUCCUUCAAGCAGUGUUAUGCCAGUUAUUGCUGCCAAAGUGACUGUCACUUAACACCGGGGAGCAUCUGUCAUAUAGGAGAGGGCUGUACAAACUUCAGCUUCUCCCCACCAGGGACCUGCAGACCUAUCCAAAAUAUAUGUGACCUUCCAGAAUACUGUCACGGGACCACCGUGACAUGCCCAGCAAACUUUUAUAUGCAAGAUGGAACCCUGUGCAUGGAAGAAGGCUACUGUUAUCAUGGGAACUGCACUGACCGCAAAGUGCUCUGCAAGGCGAUGUUUGGUGUCAGUGCUGAGGAUGCUCCUGAGGUCUGCUAUGACAUAAAUCUUGAAAGCUACCAAUUUGGACAUUGUAUUAGACAACAAACAUAUCUCAGCUACCAGGCUUGUACAGGAAUAGAUAAGUUUUGUGGAAGACUGCAGUGUACCAAUGUGACCCAUCUUCCCCAGCUGGAGGAACAUGUUUCAUUCCAUCACUCAGUGAGAGGAGGGUUUCAGUGUUUUAGACUGGAUGAACACCGUGCAACAGACAUGACUGAUGUUGGGCGUGUGAUAGAUGGCACUCCUUGUGUUCAUGGAAACUUCUGUAAUAACACCCGGUGCAAUGCAACUAUCACUUCACUGGGCUAUGACUGUCGCCCUGAGAAGUGCAGUCGUAGAGGGGUCUGCAACAACAGAAGGAACUGCCAUUGCCAUAUAGGCUGGGAUCCUCCACUGUGCCUAAGAAGAGGUGCUCGUGGGAGUGUCGACAGCGGGCCACCUCCAAAAAGAACACAUUCUCUCAGACAAAGCCAACAAUCAGUGAUGUAUCUGAGAGUGGUCUUUGGUCGUAUUUACGCCUUCAGAAUUGCACUGCUCUUUGGGACAGCCACAAAUGUGCAAACUAUCAGGACCACCACCGUUAAGGAAGAGACAGUUACUAACCCUGAAUAAGACUAAUUCAGCCUCCCGAUCCCUGUAAAGAUACAGAGAAUAUAACAGCAAAAUCUAUGAAAUAGGAUCGGGGAAGGGAUGGCAAAGCUCAAGUCCACAUUUCUUGAAGUCC